AUGUUGCCUAAUUCUCCCGCUCAGACUAUUGGGUCUUCAAAUUCACGUCGUAGUUGUGCUAUCUGUCUGAGUGCUCUGGUGCCAGGACCACCCGUAUUAAGACUAUCCUGCAAACACAAAUUUCAUUUACAAUGCUUGGCUGCGAACAUUCAAGCGCAAAACAAACAGUGCCCCUUAUGCCGAGCAGCUAUCGAUGCAACCGUUGUACAACUACUAGCUCGUACACACCAGCCACCGGUACAUGAAAUUCCUUCAGUAGAAGAUCCAGUUGAUAAGAAUGCUUUACGAACGCUUUCUGCUCAAAUUUCUUCUGCUCGACAGGCUGCUGCUGCUGCUAUGACUUCAGUGAGCCAUCGUCCAAUGAUUACGACAACAACAGCACUUGAAUAUAGCACUCAAGCAUUUCGUCCAGAAUCAAAUAUCUACGGCAUGGUGACACUUCAAGCACCACCAGGAGUCGUAGCGUCUGGCAGUACGUCGCCCGUUGCAUCUCGCGUUCCUAUUGAUCUCAUUUGUGUUGUUGAUCAGAGUGGUUCUAUGGCUGGUGACAAAAUGCAACUGUUAAAAGAAACUCUCAUUUAUAUAACUGAUCAAUUGAAUGAUCUUGAUCGCUUGGCACUUGUUUCGUUUGACACGCGAGCAUUCGAUCGUUCACAUGGAUUGAAACGAAUGAAUCGACAGAAUCAACAAGUCCUAACGAGAGCAAUCAACGAUGAUUUGCAUGGCGGUGGUGGUACGUACAUCGGAAGUGGAUUACAGAUGGGUAUUAAUUUGCUAAAUACACGUCGAACGAAAAAUCCCAUCGCUGCUUUACUAUUACUCACCGACGGACAAGAUAAUCAUUUGCAUUAUUACGGGCAAUUACUAUCAACAUUACCCACAGAUGUGCAAUGUCACACAUUCGGCUAUGGGCCUGACCAUCUGGCUUCUUUAUUGGUACAAAUAGCUGAGAAGGGCAAUAAUGGUAGCUUUACAUAUAUCGACGAGCAAGCAGCGGUUGGUCGAGCUUUUGCUCUGACAUUGGGCGGCUUAUUCAGUUGUGUUGCAAAUCAACUUCAAGUUGAGAUCAAAUUCAAUGAACCAUACGCAAUCACUCAUGUUCAUUCGAUAUAUUCGCAUACGCCUGAAAAUUUACCAUGCGAACGAUUGAGAUUUAAAUUGAACGAUCUGAAUGCAGACGAAAAACGAAAUCUCAUUUUUCAACUACACAUUCCGGAAAUUGAAGUCAAUGAAACUAUGUCAAUGGAUGAUGAGAAUACUGGAAGACAAGAUGGACAAGCCGCUGAUAUACCUCAAAUUAUUGGUCAAGUGUCAGUUACAUAUGUGGAGACAAACACGAAUCAGACAUUAACGACAAAACCUGUUCCGUUUCAAUUGAUGCGAACGUCGCAGCCAACUCCUGGUCAACUUCCAGUCAACUACAAUCUCGAUCUACAACGCAAUCGAGUUGAAACAGCUCGCGAAAUCAAACGAGCUAUGGAUGAAAUGGAUUAUCAACGAUCUCGAGCAAUCCUUCAAGCUCAAGUCAACAAAAUCAAAGCAAGUGUGUCCGGCAAAGAUAAAUUCUGUCAAUUAUUAAUUCAAGACCUUGAACAUCAUUAUCCAUCGGAGAAUGCCUAUCGUUCGUCUCACUUUAAUACCUAUGUGCAACAUAGUACUGAACGAGGAACAUACGCACCCUUAGCUACUUUCAGCUCGGCAGUUUAUCUCAGUGCAACACAAGAACAACAAGCAGCACAUUUUGGAAGUUAUCAGCAAAGCAAGCGACAAUAA